AUGCCCGGUCUGGAGUCACACUUGGUGAUCAGGUUUCUAUUACCCUUAUUCAUGAUCCUUGGCCACUUAAGUCUUCUGGGUGCAACUCAGCUCAUCACAGCGGCUCAUCUCACCAUCCAUCGACGAGGUGGAGCAUUGGCCGAUCGUGAACCUGCUAACUUGACGCAACUGGUGGAUCUGCUACACGACGUCGAGAGGAGAUAUUCAAGAGUGAAAAGAGAAGUGAAAGGGAAUAAACUGGUACGGAGUUGGAGAGCUAGAAGCACAGGCGCCACGAACGAUGAACAGCUCCUCGCUGAGCCGGGUAAAGAGGGCCGCUGGUAUACCAACCUCCCGGUGGGUCCGCAGCCAAACACAAUCGAGGUCGAUCUUGAUAUGCUCAGCCCUGAUUUCUACACCGUCCAAACCACCAGUGGUAAAGGCUCACAGUACAACGUUUUCUCAGAAACCCAUGUCCCUAACGAUGCUCGCGUGCACCCGCUCUGCAAACAUCCAUCCGACACUAUCCAUCUGACGGACUUGAAAAAUACAACUUCCGUCACCAUCUCACUCCCCAUGUGCAGCCCCUCCAGAUCUUCGCGCGCGACCCUCUUCAAGUCCGGCAGCGUAUUGGGGCUGAGCCCGUCAUCAUCAUCAUCUUCAUCUUCACUGUCCCGAUUAGACUCUCCUCCCCUCCUCCAGCAACUCCUGUCCGCGGAAUUAUUGACCGACGACAUUUUCUCACUCACGCUUCUCGACUCCACAUCGGGCAUCCUGUCCCUCGGCGGCACCCUUGCUCGCCAAGCCGAAGAAGCAAGCACACGCACCCAAGUGGAGAUGGACUCGAUCGGCGACCCUGCCGCCACGACCGAGACCAUUAGCGGCAAAGUCAACGACAGGCUCGCCGCCACCUUCCCAGCAGACAUCGAAGAUCAAUACCGCUGGGCACCCAUCCGUGGCGCCGCUGAAGGGUGGUGGACAACUCUUCUCCCCGGUCUCUGGAUCAACGGACUCAAGAUGCUCAAAAACCAGCCCGUCCUGCUCGAUAUCCAGUCACCUUUCAUACUGGCUCCACCUUUGGCCGCAAGGAGGAUCUACGAAAGCAUUGGCGGUUGUUCACGCCUCGCUGUGCCAUAUGAUAUGUUCUGGAAGUUUCCAUGUCUCAAUAGGCCGAAGAUCAUGCUCGAGUUUGGUGGCUGGUUUUUUCCGCUCAUGUCGAGUCAAGGAGGUCACGAUGAGGCUGUAUGGGGGCCAGGGGGGGGAAGAUUGAGUCUUGGUAAGCUGAGUAUGGGAGGGAAUGGAACCAGUUCGGGGUAUUGUGUGGGAAGAGUGGUGGAGACGAGGAUGGGAUUGCAGAGCAGAGAGGACAUAGAUUGGGAGGGCAGUGGGUUGAGGGAUGUGUGGGUGUUGGGGGAGCCAGCAUUCUGGGGAGUGGGAGUCGUCUUUGAUCGGCAGCGUCAGAGGGUGGGAUUCAGGAAUUACUGA